CCAGCAGCCGCCUCGCCGCGGCUGUUUCCUCUUGCUCGUGGCGGGCGGUGUAGAAGCGCCGAGUGGCGCUGGAGAACCGGCGCUUCCUUUCGCAGCUGCCGCCGCCAUCUCCGCAUUUACGGGGCGGGAAGGAGGGAGGGGACUCGCGGCUGCAGCUGGAGCGGGCUUCUCUCCGGGGACGCUCCUCUCCUUGCUCUCCUUUUCCUCCUCCGCGCGCCGCCGCCGCCCGCCCCCUGCGCCCUCCUCGCGCAGCCCGGGUCCGGGAGGAGAGAGGAAGGGGCGCCAGGGGGCGGGAGAGGACGGCGGGCGGGCGCGCGCUCGGAGGAAACUCCUGCCGUAUCCGUUCGUCCCCUCGCCCAGGGUGCACCCCGGCCUGGCCUCGGCGGCGGCGGCAGCGCUGCCGGCUGUAGCAGGAAGGCGUUCUGGCGGGGGCGGUGCCGCGGGGGCGGGUCCGGCCGUCCCGGCGCUAAGUUGUGGGGCCCGGCUCCUCCCGACCCUGUUCCUUUCCCCUAGUCUGUUCGGACCUAGCUCCGUGCUGUCGACCCCAGAGCCGCUGAUCCCGCACCUCCUGGGUGAGGGGGACACGCCUGCCCUCGUCGAGAAAACUUUUCCUGCUGACUCGGUCGGGGCGGCGGUGGCAGGAAGUCCGGACAGCGACCUCUUCUCUGCCUGCCUUGCGCACCCUGCCGGGUGCGGGCGCUGAGCUCGAGAUCAAGUUUGCGGGGGCCCCUUCCGGGCUGCAGGCGGGUCCCGCCUUAGGAGGGACGCCUGACCCCAGGGAGGGCGGUGGGCCCGGGCGAAGGCUGGGGGCGUGUGGUGGCAGGGGAGGCAAGGUGCGGAGCGCGGUCGGGAUCCGCACCCGCAGCCAGAAGCGCAGAGAGCAGGAGCCCGGGAGCAGGGAGCCUCCGGCGGCCGCUUGCAGGAGUCCACAGUCCGCUUCCUUCUUCAGUGAGGACAGUGUCUUGGCCCCGAGUCUAUCGAGGAAAAAUGAAGUUAAGCCGCCAGUUCACCGUGUUCGGCAGCGCGAUCUUCUGUGUGGUGAUCUUCUCGCUCUACCUGAUGCUGGACCGGGGUCACUUAGACUACCCCAAGAGCCCGCGCCGCGAGGGCUCUUUCCCCCAGGGCCAGCUCUCAAUGUUGCAAGAAAAAAUAGACCAUUUGGAACGUUUGCUAGCUGAGAAUAAUGAGAUCAUCUCAAAUAUUAGAGACUCGGUCAUCAAUUUGAGUGAGUCUGUGGAGGAUGGUCCAAAAAGUUCACAAGGCAAUUUCAGCCAAGGUGCUGGCUCACCUCUUCUGCCAUCAAAACAAUUGUCCCUUGUAGUGGACCCCGAAGACUGUUCAUUCUCUUUGCAGAGUGGAAGUCAGAAUUCAGAUGUGCAGAUGUUGGAUGUUUACAGUCUAAUUCCUUUUGACAAUCCAGAUGGUGGAGUUUGGAAACAAGGAUUUGACAUUAGCUAUUUAUUUAAUGAAUGGGACUCUAAGCCCCUUCAAGUCUUUGUGGUGCCUCAUUCCCAUAAUGACCCAGGUUGGUUGAAGACUUUUGAUGACUACUUUAGAGAGAUGACUCAGUAUAUUUUUAAUAACAUGGUCAUCAAGCUGAAAGAAGACUCACGGAGAAAAUUUAUGUGGUCUGAGAUUUCUUACCUUUCAAAGUGGUGGGAUACUAUAGAUAAGCCGAAGAAGGAUGCUAUUAAAAGUUUGCUACAGAAUGGUCAAUUUGAAAUUGUGACAGGUGGCUGGGUUAUGCCUGAUGAAGCUGCUGCACAUUAUUUUGCCUUAAUUGACCAACUAAUUGAAGGACAUCAGUGGCUGGAAAAAAAUCUAGGAGUGAAACCUCGGUCCGGUUGGUCUAUUGAUCCUUUUGGACAUUCACCAACGAUGGCUUAUCUCCUCAAACGUGCUGGAUUUUCUCACAUGCUUAUUCAGAGAGUUCAUUAUGCAAUUAAAAAACAUUUUGCAUUGCAUAAAACGCUGGAAUUUUUUUGGAGACAGAGUUGGGAUCUGGGAUCUGGCACAGAUAUUUUUUGCCACAUGAUGCCCUUCUACAGCUAUGACAUCCCUCAUACGUGCGGACCUGAUCCUAAAAUAUGCUGCCAGUUUGAUUUUAAACGGCUUCCCGGAGGCAGAUUCGGUUGUCCCUGGGGAGUCCCCCCAGAAACAAUACAUCUUGGAAAUGUCCAAAAGAGGGCUGAGAUGCUUCUAGAUCAGUACCGAAAAAAGUCAAAACUCUUUCGUACUACAGUUGUCCUGGCCCCACUAGGAGAUGAUUUUCGCUACUCUGAACGUACAGAAUGGGAUCAUCAGUAUAAGAAUUAUCAGCUGCUUUUUGAUUACAUGAAUUCUCAUCCUGAGUAUAAUGUUAAGAUACAGUUUGGGACUUUAUCAGAUUAUUUUGAUGCACUGGAUAAAGAAGAUGUAACCAUUACGAAGAAUAGCCAAUCCAUGUUCCCUGUUCUAAGUGGAGAUUUUUUCACUUACGCUGACCGAGACGAUCAUUACUGGAGCGGCUACUUUACAUCCAGACCCUUUUACAAACGAAUGGAUAGGAUACUGGAAUCCCAUUUAAGGGCUGCUGAAAUUCUUUACUAUUUCGCCCUGAAACAAGCUCAGAAAUACAAGAUAAGUAAAUUUCUUUCAUCAUCCCAUUACAUGACACUGACAGAAGCCAGAAGAAAUUUGGGACUGUUUCAACAUCAUGAUGCUAUCACAGGAACUGCAAAAGAUUGGGUAGUUGUGGAUUAUGGUACCAGACUCUUCCAUUCGUUAACGAAUCUGAAGAAGAUAAUUGGAUAUUCUGCACUGCUACUUAUUUUGAAGGACAAAAACUCAUACAACUCUUACUCUUUUGAUAACCUCCUAGACAUGGAUUUGAAACAAAACUCACAAAGUUCUCUACCACAGAAAACUAUAAUAACGCUGAGUGCAGAGCCAAGGUAUCUUGUGGUCUGUAACCCUUCAGAACAAGACCGAAUCUCAGUGGUCUCCGUGUAUGUGAGUUCCCCCACAGCACAAGUGUCUUCUGCUUCUGGAAAGCCUGUGGAAAUUCAGAUGAGUGCAGUUUGGAAUACAGCAAGUACUAUUUCACAGACAGCCUAUGAGAUCUCUUUCCUAGUGCAGAUACCACCACUCGGACUGAAAGUGUAUACCAUUUUGGAAUCAGCAAGUUCAGACCCACAUUUAGCUGAGUAUGUCCUGCAUAAUGGUAACGUCAAAGAUAAAGGAAUUUUCAACAUGAAGAAUGCAAAAAGUACUGACGAAGAUAUAAUUCUAGAGAACUCCUUUGUUAAACUUCGGUUUGGUCUGUCUGGGCUCAUGGAGGAAAUGAUAAAUAAAGAAGAUGGUAAACGUCAUGAAGUAAAAGUGCAAUUUUCAUGGUAUGGAACCACCAGUAAAAAGGACAAAAGUGGUGCCUACCUCUUCUUACCUGAUGGGGAAGCCAAGCCUUAUGUUUACACAACACUGCCCUUUGUCAGAGUGCAACAUGGAAGGUUUUACUCAGACGUGACUUGCUUUUUGGAACAUGUUACCCAUAGAGUUCGACUGUACAACAUACAGGGAAUAGAUGGACAGUCUGUGGAAGUGUCCAAUAUCGUGGACAUCCGAAAAGAACAUAACCGUGAGAUUGCAAUGAGAAUUUCUUCUAGCAUAAACAGUCAAAACAGAUUUUAUACUGACCUGAAUGGAUACCAGAUUCAGCCUAGAAUGACAAUGAGCAAAUUACCUCUUCAAGCAAACGUCUAUCCGAUGACUACAAUGGCCUAUAUCCAGGAUGCCAAACAUCGUUUGACAUUACUCUCUGCUCAGUCUUUAGGGGUGUCAAGUUUGAAAAGUGGUCAGAUUGAAGUUAUCAUGGAUCGAAGACUGAUGCAAGAUGAUAAUCGCGGCCUUGAGCAAGGUGUCCAUGAUAACAAGGUUACAGCUAAUUUAUUUCGAAUACUACUGGAAAAAAGAAGUGUUGUGAAUAUGGAAGAAGAAAAGAAGUCGGUCAGUUAUCCUUCUCUCGUUAGCCACAUAACUUCCUUUUUCCUGAAUCAUCCUGUCUUCACAAUGACAGAAAAGAUCCCCGUGCCCACCCUUCAGCUGCUAGGUGAAUUCUCUCCGUUACUGUCGUCUUUGCCUUGUGACAUUCAUCUCGUUAAUCUGAGGACAAUACAGUCAAAGGUGGACGGCAAGCAUUCCGAUGAAGCAGCCUUGAUCCUCCACAGGAAAGGGUUUGACUGCCGCUUCUCUAGCAGAGACACGGGGCUGCUUUGUUCCACGACCCAGGGAAAGAUUUUGGUACAGAAGCUUUUUAGCAUGUUUACUGUCACAAGUCUCAUACCUUCGUCAUUAUCCUUGAUGCAUUCACCUCCAGACGCCCGAAAUAUAAGUGAGAUCAACUUGAGUCCCAUGGAAAUCAGCACGUUCCGAAUCCAGUUGAGAUGAACCCGGCUUUCAGAUUUGGAUUGGGAAGCAUUGUCUUUUAUACACUUCUAGGUUUGACGUGCAAUAAGGAAGCACAUUAUUUUAGCUUCUGGCUACUGUGAGGACAUGAAUUCUGUGAUUGUUAAUUUUUUUUUUUUUUUUUAACCAAUAUAGAAAGAAAAAAAAAAAAAAAGCCAUGUGAUAGCCAUUUUUUUUUUUUUUAAAGUUCCAUCCAUGAACCACCACCAUCAGUAUGAAUCGAUGCAACAGUGAAGGAAGAAAUGUCGAAAACAACCUCUCCACAGAUUGUAUCUCAGGUUAAAUGCUAACUAACUAUAUCUGUGUCAGGGGUUGUGAGGAGAUUGCUAUAAGUAGUCAUGUUGCUGAUCCUUCAUUAGUUUUACAGAAAUACCCGUUUGUACCAAAAUGGAAUAAAAGGCUGCGGGGUAAAAGCUAACGGCCAAAAUGGUUGCAGUCGUUCAUACUCAUUGGAAAAAUUUUGUGUAUUGAAAUAUGUGGAAAAGUGCAAUCCAUCAGCCCUUACGAUACCUGUACAUCAUUGAUCUUCACACCCUUUUCUAAUGUACCACUUGACCCCUCCCUUCUCACCCUUUGUAAGUAUUUCCAGAAAUAGCAGAUUUUGAAUCAUUCAAUAGUAGAAAAAGAGGCAUAUUUUCAUGACUUGACAACGUGGGAUAGGUGCAAUUUAUUCCAUUGUCACUAAAAUAGAAGAAGCAAUUCCAUAGGUACCAUAACCUGUUUUAGGUACCACAAGGUGUCUUUUUACACAGCUCAUUUGAAUACAGAUGUUCGGAGAGGGGUUUUCUAUUUUAAAAAUAACCAUAUCAAGAUAAAUGUGCCUUAUUUUUUUAUAAGUCUUGUUAAAUCUUUUGGUGUCCCAUGUGACUGAGGAAGGGGGAGAGGGCGGGGGUGGGGAGGAGGUGGGUACUUUCGAUGACACAUGACGUGUUAUCAGUUUUGCCUGACAAUGCUGGUCACGUUCUGAUCUGUUUCAUUAAAUUUGUGGUGAUGUUAUUCUAAACAUUUUGACUAUUUGAAUGUACGGAGAUGUCAGAAAACAAAACAAAGAAGAAAAAAUACUGUUAAUUAAAAUACGCUGCUGCCAAGAAGACUGCAGCUUGAAGCAAGGAUUUUGUAACAUGCAAAAUCCAUACACUUGUUCCAUUUCGCAGGAGGUAACUCAAUGAAAGAAUGCUUUAAAAGGGACCCUGUUUUGAAACCCACUUAUAUGUAGCUCAUAAUUAUAUGUAGCUCGUGUUUUAUUUUAUUGAAGAACACGUGUGUUGAGUGAAUUCCAAACUUUUGUACAUGCUAACCUCAAAGGGAAGUUCCAAGCCUAUGUGCCAUUACAAUAUGUGUGAUAAAAUUUGUUGGAGAUCUUUAUUAAUGUGCCAUUGAAGUUGAAGCAACAUUAGAAGCAUCUAGAAUGUUCAGUUUUAGGAUAGAAAGGAUUCACUGAGUAUGUACACUUUUGAAAAUUCUCUGUGUUACCUAAUGAAUUUAGUAUUCUCUGACUUUACACUUCCCUCUUACCUCCUGCCAGUCCAACAUCUUUACAGAGAAGUUGAAACCUAAUUUCUGUUUCACCAUGUAGUCUGAUGAUCACCUGUUUUGUUUUGUUUUGUUUUUUAAUCAAGAUGCAGCUCCUAACAUUAUUGCUAAGUUAUGUUAAGUUCAUAAACUUUUUUCGCCUUUAAUAAUUAAGGAAACAAUACUAGUGUUGAUGAAGAUAUUAUAAGGGAGUAAUUUCAUGCAAUAAACAUGUACUGUAAGUUUCCUUCCUCAUUUUGGGAGAUAAACAACUAAAAGGAAAAGAAAAACCACACUUCCUUUUUGUGGACAUCUAUAGAUGUUAAGAUUGCCAGAAGCAAAUCCCAGGAAUAAGAUCAGUAUUUUCUUUGCAUCUUAAAUGUAAAACCUUCCUUUGGGAGUUCACUGUGUUCUGUGGUUAAGUGGGUGUGCUUAAUCAUUCUGGAAAUUCUGAUCAGUUGAAAUAAAAAAUCUUGAUGCAAUAACAGUGGUUUUGCCACUUCUGGUGUUGGAGAUGGAUCUGUCCCAUGUCAGUUGAGGUCUUAGUGUGUGUUGCCACCAGCUGCUCACAGGUAAAGCAGAAAUUCUCUUGAAACCAGCAAGUUUCUGCUUUUUAUUUUUAGAAUAAAUCAUCAGGGAAAUGAAGAGAGGACGCUUUUGCUUUGGGUUGUGGUCAAGAACUGAUUAAAUAAUUUAGUGUCUCUGGCACACAGUAAAAACCAUACACUUCAGUUGUGAUCUCGGUGGCAUAUUUGUUUGCUUAGGUUUUAUUAUGUUUGUUAUUGCAGAUGUUCAGUUAAGCAACUAGUUCGUUCCUUUUUGUGAUCUUUGUUUUUCUUUUUGAAUAUUUGAGCUUAUACCUGCAGUGUUUGAGAACUUGGCAUCCUUGUUUUCUUCAAAUACUGAUUAAAAUAAAAUGCUACAAAAUGUGUUGUGAAACAUUGCAAUUACCUUCCCAUGUCUUUGUUGUACUUGUGCCGAAAUGUUUUCACAUUCCUUUGUCUAGAAGAAAAUCUUUGCUUUCGUUGUGAUUAUGUUCCUUAUCUUGGAAUCAAAUAGGUUUUGAUAUUUUUCUCUUGGAAGAUUUUAUAUCUUUUUGGGAAUAUGUAAUAUAAGAUCUCUAAUAAAAGAUGAAUCUUACCAUGUA